CCCACCCCACUGGAAACAUAUAUCUACGAAGCUCAUCGCACCUGAAACGUGGUGGAUGUUACUGUGAAGUGAUUGAAGGUGGCGUGAGUUAAAGUGUUAGAUAAGAUCCAUACUGGUCUACCAUGCCAGCCAGUAGCUUGUUUGAAAUGGAGCGGCCAACACCGACUCCGAGCUCCACCUCCGCAAUGGACGAACAAAGGGCGCUGCAGUUGGCCCUUGAACUAUCGCUACUCGGAUUAAGCAACGAAGCGUCGGUGCCCACAAGUGAACCAGAGCACUAUGUAGUACCCGGUCUGGAUGCCGAGAGGGCUUCCAAAAGGUCUCAAAACAUGACCGAGUGUGUAGCUGUCCCUUCGUCCGAGCACGUGGCCGAAAUCGUUGGCAGACAAGGUUGCAAGAUCAAGGCAUUACGCGCCAAGACCAACACGUACAUCAAGACGCCAGUGAGAGGGGAGGAGCCCGUCUUUGUCGUCACUGGUCGAAAGGAGGAUGUAGGGAUGGCGAAGCGCGAGAUCCUGUCGGCGGCAGAGCACUUCAGCCAGAUCCGCGCGUGCCGCAAGAACAACCUGAACGGGUCCAUGGCGCCCGGCCCGCCCACCAACGUGCCCGGCCAGGUGACCAUCCAGGUGCGCGUGCCGUACCGCGUGGUGGGGCUGGUGGUGGGCCCAAAGGGAGCCACCAUCAAGCGCAUUCAACAGCAGACUCACACGUACAUCGUCACGCCGUCGCGGGACAAGGAGCCCGUGUUCGAGGUGACGGGCCUGCCGGAGUCCGUGGAGCAGGCCAGGAAGGAGAUCGAGGCACACAUCGCCAUGCGUACGGGCGGCCUGCUGGACCAGGACGAGCCCAACGCAGCGGCCGCGGCGCGCCACCACGCCGACUUCCCCCCGCCCACGCACGGGCUCGACAACCUCUUCAACCCCCCUUCCUCAGAGCUGGUCUCGUCCCUCUACAAGCUCAAUAAUUCCUCGCUCAACGGACUUGCCUCCAUCAACGGCAUCGCCAACAGCGCAGGUCUGAACGGUCUCACCAAUGGUCUCAGCAACGGUCUCUCCAGCGGCUCCAGCCUCAACGGCAUCAACGGCCUGAACAGUCUCAGCGGCAGUGGUCUGAACAACUCACUAAACGGCAUGAAUCUGAACAACACCCUGAACAGCCUGAACACGCUGAACCAGCUCAACGACCUGAACUCCGCCUUCACGCUGCUCGGAGGAGACACCGGGUCUUCCCUCCUUGGCUCGUCGAACAAGGGCGGCAGCACCUUGGACUCGUCCUUGUUCUCCUCCUUCAGCGGCGGCGUCGGCAACACCAAGCUGGGGAGCGACGUGUCCGGCAACGGCAGCGGCGGCCUCGGCCUGUACGGCGUGGACGAGGGCCUGGGCUCGCUGGGCUCUUCCAUGGGCUCGUCGCCCUCCUUCGACCCGGCUCCCCCCAGCAUUUGGGGCGAGCUCAGCCGACCUCUGGGCAACAACAUGAGCUCCACCGUCAGCUCCAGUUCCUCCCUCAGCUCGACUUUCUCGUCGCUGUCCUCCACUUUGUCCUCGUCCCUGACACGCAGGUCGUCGUCAGUGUCCGGAGCGUCCCCGCCCUCCUCCAGGCUGUCCCCGUCGUUAGAGUCCCACCCCCCCGCGAGGCGCAUCAGCUCCGACCCGGCCCCGGGACUCGCGGCCGCGCCCUCGCUCGCAUCGCUCAACUCGGCCCUCUCCGGAGGCCUGGGGGGACUACCUACCUCCUCUCCCUCCUCAUCCUCACCAGCUUCCACCCCCGAUCUCACGCAGCAGCUGAGCGCCUUCCAGUCGGUGCCCGGGCUGACGUCAGCGCCCGCCACCUCCACGGCGACCACCACCAUUGCCAGCAUGAACGGCCUCAUGAACGGCAUGGACGAGAAGAAGAGGUGCGUCACGUGCUGCGAGUCCGAGGUGGUGGCCGCGCUCGUUCCCUGCGGCCACAACCUUUUCUGCCUGGACUGCGCCAACAAACUCAAGUCCGAGGCGUCCGAGUGCCCCAUCUGCCGCAUGAAGGUCACUCACGCCAUCCGCAUCUUCUCGUAACGCGCCACCGCGUCACAGGCGGCAACGUCUCAGCAAGUACAUUGCAACAAGCCAAUGCGGCGCUCAUGGGCAUCUCGGCCCUCUAACUACCCCACCACCGGCUUAUAUAGAGUAUAUUAGUCCUUAUAUAUCUGCAGAUUGAAGAGUAUUAUCUUUAAAAUCAAUCAUUAAAUUUUUUAUUCAAGUAGUGUGAAGAUAUUUUUAUUUCAUUUUCACUUGGAAUGUAAGGCAUUUUUAUUGGUGUGCGUCGGGCGACAGUAUGGCCCCGGACAGGUGUUCGUCCGGUGGCCGAGCCGUCGGUGCUGGUGGCGCGAGUCCUUCAAGUCAGAGUGGAGAACAGCUGUCGCUAGGCUGUGAUAGGCAGGCCAGCGCCGCGCUCGCUCGCUCGCUGCACUCGCUGCCCGCCAACAACUGCCAGGGGGGGUCGACGCCCCCUCUCCGAUCUCCCACUGUUUCCUGGGUACUCAGGUCGGCUCGGGCUGGGCCGGGCGGACCGAGGGUCACGACGGCGUGGCGCUAGACAACUCCCCACCCGCUCACCCAGAUCUGAAUCAUCCGCCCGCACGCCCGCACGCCCGCCCCUCCCAGCCCCGAGGCCGCCUCACAACGAAUGCUACAUAUCCUUCUCGAACACUCUACGUGAGCGUGACAGCCGCCCACCAACCAGCCCGCCGCCCGCACGCUUGCCCGCCCCAGCGACACAUGGACGGAGUGCGGGAGGCUCGGUGGCCAGUGGGUAGUUGGGGAAGGCACCAGGAGCAGGGAACAACAACAACAUCAACUACAACCACCACCACAACAACAACCACAGUAACAACAACAGUAACAUGACCACCAACACCGCAGUCCCGAUGUCAACAGCAGACAGACAACCUCGCGAGGCCGACCCUCCGCGGCCGCCGCCUCGCCGAACCACCCGAACGAUCGACUCGUGCCUUGAUCCCGUCACACCUGUUACCAUAGUUCGACCCACUGCCUCACCCACGCCCACACGCCCAUGCCGACUUAUGUCCUUCCCUCACACCGACACCCAUCCAGCAUCCCACUCACUCGCCCGCCCCAACCCCCCAUUAGAUCCAGUCACCUUAGAACAUCCCCAUAACCCACCCACCCCCACACGCCCAUCCAGCCACCCACCCACAUCCAUAGCCUGGCCCCCACCCCCCAGCACCUCGAAGAUGGACCAUCCUCAUCAGCCCAGAAGAGGUGGGCGUGUGCGUGUCUCGAGGAACGAUGCCGAAGUUCGCCUCCGUGUCUCGCGCCGCCCACACGCAGACGACCCCGCCCCCAAAGGAAAGAAAAGUGAGAGAAACCCCGCCCCCCACACACAAAAUCAACACCCCCUACAUCAACCACGCCCACUGAGCCACCAACCAAUAGAGUUGACCCCUGCUUGUGCAUUCAUCUAAUGGAAGCAAUACAGUGAUAUUAUCUUAGUCAUAGCGCUUAUCUAAGUUUUUGCUCAUCAUUGAUAUAUAAAUGGAAAAUAAUACAAAAAAAACUUAUGAGAA